GUGCAAAGCGCUUUCUUAUUGCUCGGGUCUGUGGAGCGCAGCGCGCGAUCACUGCGAGCGCGGAAACGCAGAGACGACUUACGAGCAGCAUUCUUUGGGGAGAGCUUUCUCUGUCUCUCUCCUUUUUCUCUUUUAACAAGCUUGCGUUAGAGGAAAACGAUGAGAUUUGUGCACACACUCGCGUGACGCAGACGCGAGGACUUUGAAAACUUUUGUACAGGAGCGCUGUUGCUUUUGAGCUAUAGACUCUUCGAGAUUAGAUCAUCGAGACGAUGUGGCGUGCUUUGGUCCCUGAGCUGGUGUGUGUGGUGGCCGCGAUGGCGUGUCUGGUGCUGGUGUGCUGUCCGAGUGGAGCGGCUCUGGCCGGCUCGUGCGAGAUGGUGCGCAUCCCGCUGUGCAGCCCCAUGCCCUGGAACAUGACCAAGAUGCCCAACCACCUGCACCACAGCACGCAGGCCAACGCGGUGCUCGCCAUCGAGCAGUACGAGGCGCUGCUGGAUACCGGCUGCAGCCCGGACCUGCUCUUCUUCCUCUGCGCCAUGUACGCGCCCAUCUGCACCAUCAGCUUUCAGCGCGACCCCAUCAAGCCGUGCAAGUCGGUGUGCGAGCGCGCCAAGGCGGGCUGUGAACCCGUCCUCAAGAGGUACAACCACACGUGGCCCGAGAGCCUGGCGUGCGAAGAGCUGCCGGUGUACGACCGCGCCGUGUGCAUCUCACCUGAAGCCAUCGUCAAAGCCGAUCCAUCAGAUAAUUCUUUCUUUCAAGACUCGUCAAAAUGCAGCCCUGAAAUGAACCCUGACUUCGAGACAGAAGUGAACAAUGGCAACUGUAAAGCAGUCAGUGAUCGGUGCAAGUGCAAGCCUGUGAAACUCGGCCAAAAGACCUAUGCAAAGAACAAUUACAAUUAUGUAAUACGUGCGCGGGUGAAAGAGAUAAAAAGCCGCGCUCAUGACAUCAGCGCUGUUGUGGAGGUGAAGGAUGUGCUGAAGUCUUCUCUGGUUCACAUUCCUCGCGACACCGUGACGCUGCACUACAGCUCGGGGUGUCAGUGUCCCCCACUUAACCCCAAUGAAGAGUACAUCAUCAUGGGCUACGAGAACGAGGAACGAUCAAGACUGUUUCUUACUGAUGGAUCCAUCGCACAGAAGUGGAAAGACCGGGUGGGACGCAAAGUGAAGCGCUGGGAUCAGGCCCUCAAAGGAAAGAGACAUGAUAACGGCAGACACGCUCGUCCCUGACCUCACUCUGACACGGACCAAACCCGACCACACAGAAGUAUCUGAGAAAACUGAAAAAAUUGCACUAAUGUACGUUCUUCUUGAUGUGUAAGGAGUUGUAGCAGAGAUGUUUUUAGUUGUUGCUUUGUAAGAUAAUUUUUUAACAGUAUCUCUUUUUUUAAUUUGCCUUUGCACGAACAAAAUGUUUAUUUCAACAUUGCUGCAUAUGUGUGUGCGUGUGUAUGUGUGGACUUUUUUGGGGGGGUGGGCUGGGGUAACUUGAUUCAUGAUUGUGUUGGAAGGGAAGAUGAUGGGGAUUCAAUGGCGCAUGAGGGAGCUUGUACAUGAGCAGAUGACUGUUUUCUAGCAGCGGGAAAAUGAGAAACAGUGUUUGGACACAACACAGCACACCAUCAAGCCUUCUACGUGUUCACACAGUCAUGCUGAAGCCUCCCCGUUGCUGGAUUAAAACAAAAUGGAGGGAGGAGGUGUCAUUUGGCAUAAGACAUAAACACAAGGACAAAUCUGAAAUCCUGAAAUUAAUUAUAUCAGUAACAGAGACAAAAUGUUAAGCAUUAAUGAAUUACAGUCAUUUAAAAGGAAUAUUUUUUGCAUAAUAUCGCCGUAGUUCUGGUUUUGUAACUCUUAGGCACACCUUUGAUAUUCUUGAUCAUUAGAAUGCCGUUUAUGAAUGAAUGAAUGCAUAAUACAUAGAAUGAAUGUCGUGGUUCAUUGAAGACAGCUGUUUUUAUAUUGAACUGAUUGAUACAAGAUGAUUCAGCCUUGCUCAAACCAUUAUUCAUCCUGCCUGUUAUCACAUUUACAUCCACUAUUAAACAUAUCUGACUGGUGAACUGA